AUUUGGUCGUGUGACAGGCGUCAGCCUUUAAUGUCAGUAAAGCGGUGUAGUUGAGGUUAUAAAAUAUGAAUCGAGUCUAUUGAAUUAAAUAAUCAAAAAGUUAUUACAAAUCGAUUGGAUUUUACAAAGCAAUAAACUUUAAACAAAAUGGCUACAGUAUCCACAGCACCAGUGCCGGGAAUGCAUCAAAUCGAUUUAUCGAAAUUAAAUUUGCACCAGUUGGCUCAACUGAAACAACAAUUAGAUCAAGAGCUGAAUGUUUUCCAAGAUUCAUUACAAACUCUUAAAAUUGCUCAGCGUAAGUUCGUGGAAUCUGGUGAGAGUGUUGAAAAAAUCAAGCCAGAAACAAAAGGCAAAACGAUUCUUGUUCCUCUUACGGGCUCAAUGUAUGUGCCUGGAACUAUAGCAGAUACAGACAAUGUUAUAAUUGAUAUUGGAACAGGUUAUUAUGCACAAAAGGAUAUUGAUGGUGCCAAAGACUAUUUUAAGAGGAAAGUGAAGUUUGUAACAGAGCAAAUGGAAAAAAUUCAAGUUAUGGGAAUUGAAAAGUCCAAAGUUCGGGAAGCAAUAGUUAUGAUGAUGGAAAUGAAAAUUCAGGCGCAGACUCAGUCACAAAAGGCUUCCUCAUAACAUUAGUGCUUUAAUAACAUGUAAUCCCUCGCUAGUUUGUAUUAUGUAUAUUUCUACACACUAUUUAACUACUUUUGAUUACUUUGUUUGGCCAUUUUAAGUGAACACUGAAAUCUUGCUGAUAUGCACUAAAAUAGAAAGGUUUAUGUUUAAAUGUAUUCAGCUAUGGUUCGGCUAAACUGUAGCAACUUUUUACAAUGAUUAUAAUCCAAUUUGUAUUUACAAAAUGAGAUUUUGACACAUACAAAAAUGUAAAAAUAUAAACAAAAUUUCAUGCUGAAUUUAAUUUAUUAUGAUUGUUUAAUUUGCUUUGAAAAUUGUAAUUUAAGUCACUAUUGUAUUUGAAGUAAUUUUCAGAUGUUUCAUUUAAAUUUUUGGAAUGUAGUCAAUAUUACAUAUUGUGCCCUCUUGAGAUAACAAAUUGAUUUAAAACACAGUUCUUUAACAGCUGUUUAUUCUAUAUCCUGUUGAAUUCAGGUAUUAACUUUAAAAUGUUUUGCUUACUAAUAAUAAAUUUAUAAAUUGUA